ACUACAACUGCCAGACAGGAUGACCCUAGUGCUACUUGGAGAACUGCUCAUCAUUUAUUCAUUGUCCCUUCUUUUUGUCCCCGUCAUGAAAAGAGAAGCAGUUUGGGGUUGUGGGUGGUUUGUUCCCCCCUCCCCUUCUUCAGCCAACCCUUGCUCUCAUCAAAUCCCAGCCUCUACCAAGGAUAGCUGGGGAAGGAGACCGAGGUAAAUUGCAAGAUUUUGGAGGCUGCAGAGAAGAGAGGUCAGAGGUGUAACUAUCUGUCUCCUUAAUAGAAUGCCUGAGAUUGCACCCUCCUCCUGUGUUUAGGUGAAGUGUCUGCGCAGGGUUUGCUGGGAGCCAUGGAGGGGCAGCUGCCGCUGUUACCACCAGUAACCUGAUCCAGCACUAAACAGCUUGUUACAUCUACUGAAGAGGAGGAGGAGGCAAGGGGACAAAAGCCCACGGUUCCGCCUGCCGCUGAAAGAGCCAAAGCAAAGUGCCAGUCUCCGACGGGUCAGGCAUGGUGGAUCCGGCGGCGGAGCCGGGCGAGGAGAAAUGCACAGACCCAGGCGGCGCAGCUGGAGAUGGGGCGUCCCCGGCAGCAGCUGGCGGAGGGGCCCCGCGUCCGCCGCCGCCAACGCCCGCGGGGGAGCCGGGGAGACGCCGCGAGCAGUCCCCGCUGCUGCACUUGGACCUCUUCAACUUCGACUGUCCGGAGGCCGAGGGCAGCCGCUACGUGCUCACCAGCCCCCGCUCCCUGGAAGCGUGCGCCCGGUGUGCGGUCAAGCCGGUGGAGCUGCUGCCCAGGGCCCUGAGUGAGCUGGUGAGGGAGGCCCCGGGCAGGUCCAUGCGGGUGGCAGCCGGCCUGUACGAGGUCUACGAGAUGGACCGGCAGAGGAAGCUGCAGCAGUGCCGGGAGGAAAGAGAAAGGAUUAUCCGAGAGGAGAAGAGAAGGAUUUUCACUCCCCUCAUGCUAAGCAGCCUCCCUUCCUCCCCAGCUGCCAGGAUCUCCUUCAAAACCACCACCAAUGGGAGCUGCGCCCUAGCCCCAGGGGCAGGGGCUCCUACUGGGCCUAAGACCAAGAGCCACUCCCUGGACUCGCUGCAGAAACGGAGGGAGGGGUUCUCCACCAAAACCUCCUCUGAAUCAGGGGCAUCCUCGUCCUACAGCGGAGAAAGCUUUAGGGACAAGUGGCUCAAGGGGACCCCUCAGACUAGGGCAGUGGCUGCCAUGAACUCUCUGGUGGGCAGAAGCUUCAGCCUGGGGGAUCUGAGCCACUCCCCACAGACCACAAAAAAAGUGGAGAAGAUCGUCAAGGAGGUGAAGAAGAAGAAAGGUCUCAAGGAGGUGCCCAAGAGGGACAGGAAGAUAGCUGCCCUGAUGAUAGCCAAGCACCAGGAGGAGAACAUCCUGAAUGAGCAGAGGUAUGCCGCCCACCUCCAGUGGGACAGCCAGCGGCGACGGGCCGAGCAGCAGAAGGAGCAGGAAGAGAAAGAGAAACAGAGAGCUCUACUGCAGUGCCAAAAGAUGUGGGAGUCCCAGGUCGAGAAGCGCCGUGGGAAGCUGACCCAAGGACAGAAGGAGACUACCAGGAUGAAGCAGAAGCAGUGCCUGAUGUACGAAGAGAGGUGGAGGGAGCAGGCGGAGAAGCAAGACAGAAUGAAAAGGGAUAAGCUAGAGAGGACCAUCCUGGAAGACAAGCAGAAGAAGCUCCAUCAAGAGCACAACCUGAAGGUAAAGGAAGAAGACAAGAAAGAAUUCCUGGAACGAGAAGAACAGCUUUUGCAGGAGAAGCUGUCCACUGCUUCACAGAAGAAGCUGAAGAAGGAGCUGCAGCUGCAGAAGGAAAAGAAGUUGCUCAACCAAGCUGAGAAGCUGAAGCAUGAGGCCCUGUUCAAGGAACUGGUCAGGCAAGAGGCAGAGGAGAAAGAGAUGCUAAAGGCCUCCCUGGAGGUUAACCUGCACAAGGCCCAGGAGAACUAUGAGCACCUAAUUGAGAAGAGGAACCAAGAGCUAAGGGAGAGAGCUAAGCGGGAGGAGAUGCAAAUCCAGAGAGCCAAGCUGGCAGCCGAGAAGAAGGAGAGAGAGCAGAAGGAACACUUGGAGGCCCUGGCCAAAGCGACAGAGAGGAAACUCCACCAUGCUGCCCAGGUCGCUGAGGAGGUGGUCCAACAGAAAGCGCGCAAGGUGGUCCUCAGCCGCCUGGAGAAGGAGAAGAUGCAGAAGGUAAACAAGCAGAAGGUGGAGCAGUACGAGGACUUCCGACGCAGGGAGAUCCUCCUGUCCAUUGAGAGGAAGCUGGAGAGGAGUGAGCAGAUCUUCAAGGAGAAGAAGACUGUCCUGGAAAAUGCCAGGUCGGUCGCCCGGGCAUCCUUCCACGUCCGGGAAAAGGUGCGUGAGGAAACAAACAUGCGCACCUUUGACAAGAUGGUCUCUGAGGCAGAAUUGCACGCCAGCCUGGAUAAAAAAUGAAAGGUCUUUUCUUUCUGUGGAUAAGUGGGGAAUACAUCAUCUGGUGCCCAUCAGAACACAUUAGAAAGCUCUUUCAUAUUAGAAAAUUUCAGUUUUUAACCCUGAUUUAUUAUUUUUUGGGGAGUAGGGUUCAGCACAAACCCCGUGGCAGCUAUUUCACAUACCUUUUUAAAAAUGCUUUUGUUUUGGGGGUUAUUUUACGAGACUGACCUUUGUUAUCCCUUCCAGAAGAGAAGUUACCCCAUCCACACUCUACACAAAGAUAUGUUCAAGGAUUAAAGCAGAAGCACACAAAUUUACUCAACUGUGGGUUGCAAAGGCAACUUCCCAGAAACCUGUGGCCCACCUCAAAUUUGCCUAAAAUGGAGCAAAUUGCAGUCACCCUCAUCUUUAUUAUGACAAGGGCAGACAGUAGAGAGUACAUCUCAUCAUGUAACACUUCAUUUCAAUUUGAGUGACUUUCAGCUUGGAUCAAGAGGCUGGGAAUUGUCUUCUCGUUGUGUCAUGCUUACAUACUAAAGAUGAGGAUGGCCCCAUUAUAGAACUCCCUGGGGUGCAUUUGGCCCAUGGUUUGCACUUUAUCCACUACUGAUGUAAAUGUGGAAAGAGGUUCCUAUUACAAGAUUUUUUAACACCAUGCAAGAUGAUAUCAUAACCAUAGCUGGGCAGAUGCUGCAAAUCAACAUUUACUCAAAUAAACCCCCAGAGUUCCCUUUGAUGAUGGUAUUCACUUUCCGCAGAUGAUCGCACAAAGGAAUUUUUGUUUUGCAAGAAUGUUUGCAGAAAGGGAAAUUAUCACAAAUACUAUUGCAAAUAUGCAUUCCUGGGGUAUUUGACAGGAAGUGAUUGUGUGGCCUUCUUGAAAGCUCUAUAUGUGUUAUGGAGUUAUCCAAUCAGGGAGCAGAAAUAAUACCAUGUGACUUAGGUGACCAAUCACACAGCUUUAAUAGCAAAUUAUGAAUAACUAUUACUUGAUAUGAUAGUUAUGGUGAAAGGUUCAUGAGCAAUCCAUGGAUUGAAAUAUGUUUGCACAAACCAUUCAUUGAAUAAGGUCAGAAAAUGAACAAACUUCUGAAAACCUGCCUGUUUACAAUCAUUUGUCAAAAGAAAAGGGGAUUAAAUUUGUCAAGUAAAUUAUUUGCAGUGAAUAGUUCACCCAGCUCUAAUCAUGACUUACUAAACAUUACAACAUUUAGUUGUCCAUUGGUGCUAAUGAUUACGUUCUGUUCUUUAUGACAAGUAAAACAAAAAAAUGCA